UGCGUCGGCGCGGCUAUUCACAGCCUCUCACCCAGACGACACUUCCGCCCGCGUGAGUCCUUCCGGGGCGGAAGUCACUAUGGCGGCGGCCUUGGCUCGCCUCGGGCUCCGGUCUGUCAAGCAGGUUCGAGUUCAGUUCUGCCCCUUCGAGAAGAACGUAGAGGCGACGAGGACCUUCCUCCAGGCGGUGAGCAGUGAGAAGGUGCGCUCCACCAACCUCAACUGCUUGGUGAUUGCGGACGUGCGGCACGACGGCUCCGAGCCCUGCGUGGAAGUGCUGUUCGGAGACGGGCAUCGCCUGGUGAUGCGCGCCGCCCACCUCACCGCCCGGGAAAUGCUCACUGCCUUUGCCUCCCACAUCCAGGCCAGAGGCGCGGCGGGUAGCGGGGACAAGCCAGGCGCUGGGACCGGGCGCUGACAGCGCGGGAGAGACCAACAAGCAGAUUUUAGCCUGGGACUACUAGAACACUUAUCUAAGAAGAGCUUGAUUUAAUAACUCAAAUCACUACCUGGAGAGCCACGGAGCGCCAAAAAAAAAAAAAGAGCCUUGUGACUACAAGUCCAACCAAAGUGUCUGAGACAAGACAAGAUAGGGAAGGGGUCGGGAUAAACUUGAAUUUAUUUCACUUUCUUAUCAUCACUCAACCCCUUUUGAAUUUGGCUUCUCCCACCAUUCACUCAAGGAACCUCUUACACUUACUAGCCAAGUCCAGUACUGUUUUCUCAGUCCUCAUCUUUUCAUCUCAGUAGCCUCUGCCGCUCUCGAUUCACUCUCUUGUGGAACUUCUCUUCCUCUUGGGUCCUUUUUUUCUUAACCAUAAGGAUGUACUACUCUCAUCCUUCUUUUUCUUCUCUCUUUAUUUUUGGGGCAUCUCAUCUUCUAUCAUAACUUGAGCUACCCUCUCCGGUUAAACCCUGCAUUUCUGUUUGGCUUUAAUCUCAACUUCUGUGCUAUAGUCAGGUUACUUACUACCAAUAUCCUCCAAAUCCCACCAACAUUCUUUGUCCGAAAAAGAACUGAUAAUCUCACACAUACAUAUACUAGCCUCUCCCCAGGACUUCCCCAUUCCUUU